AUGCCUUCUUUCCGCACCAUCCACCUCGCGGUCCUCCUCGCGGCCGCAUUCAUCCUCUCCGCGACCGCCGCGCCUGCGCCCGCACCAUACCUUGACACCUCCGACCCACCCCUCCGCACAACGAGCAUCGCGAAGAAGCGCGCCUUCACGGAGGAAGACAUGCUACGCAUCGCUCGCUCGCUCAGUGCUCCCGUCCAGCGGUACGGCGAGUACGGCUAUGCGCCGGCGGAUAUGGCUACGAGGGAGGCAUUGCAGCAGAUUAUGGACGUGCCGCAGGCUGUUGGGGGACCUAUGGGCUGCUAG